GUGAAUACGUGAGCAUGCAGUUCAAUUUCAGAUUUUCGGGAGAAGUUAACUGCAGUGUCUUUGUUAUGGUUGGAGUGGUAUAUGAGGAAAGUGCUGCUUCAAGGCCUUGAAGAUUGCGUACUGUGAAUGUGAUUCAACAGCUGAACAUGGAUAUCCUGGAGAGAUUCUUCCCAAGAGUCUCGUGUCUUGAAGACUUCCUUAGAGAUCUGAAUGGAUGUCCACCUCUCUGCAUCCCCAAAGACAAGGCUGGCUACCGAGCCUUCCUGCAGUCGACUCUCGUAGGAAUCCCAUCAUGUCAUAUUAGCUAUCAAGGGCCAUUGGAUUAUACACAGCAUUCUGAUCAUAUGGAAGUUAUCAACCGAGUGUUGUUGAGACUGCAACACCAAGGAAAAGGAGGAAAGAAUGUCCUACUGAACGGUUUUACUUCUUGGAGAUCAGAAGGUGAUUAUGCAGGGAUCCUUCCUUCGAUAAAUGUUCCGAACAACAACAGUAACCAACUCAGGAUACCAUUCUGGAGCAAGCUGCUAAGCAGAAUUGGAGAUGAGUUGAUGAUGCACAUUCUGGAGAAUCUGUCUAUUUUUGGUGCAGCUCCACCAUCCUGCUAUAUUCAACUUACAGGUACCCCACUGAGUAUGUUGAUAUCCUCCUUACCAACCAACACACCAAGUCCUGCCAAAACAUCCACAGUUGAACAAAGGUUCAAACAGCGGAGAAAGAGUUUCCAAGUUAAGGAUGCUGCCAAAGGAGGGAAGGUUGAUCGAUGCGAUGGUGACGGAAGGAAAGUUCACGGAAAGAGGAAGAGAGAUGAGGAUGCAGGAUGCAACCAGGGAGAUGCCAAUGUUGCCAAAUUCCGAAGAGGAGAGCAAGGGAUGAGGCAGCCUACACAUAGGAAAGAGGCUGAGAAUCGUGAAGAAUUUAAGAAAGAUCCCAAGGUUCUUGAGAGCAUGAUCACAGGACUGGAGAGAAGCUAUUACAUUCUAAAUGCGUGCUAUUCAAGGACUGCGGGACGGACUUUACUAAAACACGAUCUCAUUUCCAAGCUACCUGCCUCAAACAGCGGUGCCCAAAUGCUGACGCAACACAUCUUCAACUCUCCUCACAGUAGUGCAAUGGCCCCUGGGAAAUAUGACAAGACUGUAAGUUAUGACGGGAAGGGAAAAGGUGAAAUUGGCCUGCAAGGAGAUGACAAAGGCAGGAAGAGAAAAAAGCUCCAACGCACCUGUCGCCGUCUGAUCAAGGUUCAAGCUUUACUCAAGACUUUCCUCACUCAGCAUAGGAAACUCAAGCUCAACAGCAUCCUAAACCACCAGUGCCCUCUGAAUCUGCCUCAAGACAGCCCACCCUCAGACCAUACCAACACCAGUCAUCAGGAGUGCUCCACAGGAACACUGGGUCAAAGGUCACACACCAAGAAGACAUCACUACCUCCACCAUCUUCUGGUGAAUGUGCGUCUUGUGAGAAAAGCCUGGCAGAGCUACGGGAAGAAAGUAUGCUUGAGGGUUAUUCACCGAAGGUGUUUCACCGGAAGAGGCCCAAACAGAGCGUUCUAAACAACACACAGGUAUCAUCGGUAAAGCAGUUUGAUGGAACAAGGAUGGAGGAGAGCGUGAUACAAGUAGAUGAUGGAAGAGGAGGAAUAGAACAGAGGAGAAAAGAUGAUGGUAGAAAAGGAUCAACAAAGAAGGUAGGAGAGAGUAUCAGAGAGGGGCUGAGGGACAGAGUAGGCCUUGGUGGAACUGAGGAGAGGGUAGGUAAUGUCAGAAGAAAGAAGAAAGGAGAAAUGGUAAAGUCUACCAAGGCCCAGUCCACCACUGAUGAGAGAAAAUUUGAUGAGAAGAAUGGGCACUCCAAAAGCCAUCCAGGUUCCACAAAGGACUUUGAUGUGUCCCAGUCUCGAAGUGUUAGGAUGGAGAUGGAUGAAAAUGCUACCAGCUCCACUGCAGGUGAUGUCCUCCAAGAGACAGACAGUAUUCCAUCUCAACCUCACAUGAGGUUAAGAAGGGAAACUAAUACAGAGACUGAGACAGGGGUGGGGUUGCCUAGUGGCGAAGUCACUGUAGACAAUGAUGAUGAUGAUACCUUGACCGUUUCAGGCAAAAUCCUGUCUCAACCUGAUAAGAGGUUAAGAGGAAAGACCAACAUGAGGGCUAAGAGAAAUACACUGCUGAUUGGUGAUGGUGUCCAGAGAGAAUCCCAACGUGACAGGAAGAUACAACGCAAGUCUAAAACUAAAACAGGGAGGCAGUUGCCUAGCGAUACAGCUGCUCCAAGUGACCAUCCCAAGAGGAAUGAGACUCCAGAUAGCAUGCAAUUCCAACUGAAGAGGAAGAUGAAAAAGACGACUGAUACCAAGGACAAGCCAAGGAUGCGAUUGCCUAACGAUGCAGCAACUCUGAUCAAGAUGAAGACAGAUCCAUGGCAGGUCUGUCUUUUUCUGCGGCAGGUUCUUCUCAAGGUUGUCCCAGAUGAGCUUUGGGGAAGUGUGCACAACAGGAAUGUCUUCCUCAAAGGUGUGAAGAAGUUUGUACAACUUGGUCGUUUUGAAAGACUGUCUCUCAGGGAACUCACUGAAGAAAUCAGGGCGGAAGAUUGCGAUUGGUGCCAGCUUGAAAAGUUCAGAGGUCGCGAUCCACCCUUCACAUCCGUGGUCAAACAGCGCCAGCUAGUGACAGACUUCUUUCACUGGCUGAUGAUUGGUUACACCGUUCCUCUUAUCAUGAUGUGCUUCUAUGUGACAGAGAAUUCUAGUUCCAGGAACCAGCUCGUAUUCUACCGGAAGCCUGUCUGGCUCCUGCUGGAGAAGAUAGGCAUUCAGUAUUAUGUGUCUCAUGGAGUCAUGAAGCCUAUGAAAGAGAAUGAUGUGAAGAAGCUUGUAUCGGCCGGUCUAACUCUUGGCUUCUCUAGACUGCGCUUUGUUCCUAAGACUAAAGGUCUUAGACCCAUUACAAGGAUGGGCAAGUCUGUCAUUGAGGAGAAGAAGGGCCUGAGUGUGAGACUUCUUCUUCAGGAUCUGUUUGAUGUGUUGACAUACCACAAAAUCAACCAGCCAUCUGUGAUGGGCUCUUCAUUGCUUGGAAUAGAUGGUAUUUAUCACAAGGUAUUGAAGUUCAUUAAGGAUAGGAAAGAGAGAAAGGAUACCAGACCGCUGUACUUUGUGAAGAUAGACAUUGAGAAGUGUUAUGACUCCAUCAAGCAUUCAAAGCUGCUACAGAUUAUCUCAAUGCUUCUCCAAGGGCAUGACAAACCGGAUGAGUAUCAGCUCCAGCGUUAUGUUACCGUGACGAGAGCAGCAUCGGCAUCGACUGGUCUGCAGAAGAGAAGCCAUCGUCAUGUGACUACGGAGCUGAGCAGUUUUCAUCGUCAGUUGAUUCAGAUGGCACAGCAUGGAAAGAUCAAGAAUGCGAUCAUCAUCAAUCAGGUUCACACAGUAAAGGUGACACCAAAGGACUUGUUGCAGAGACUGAAACAACAUGUCAUGGCUGACAUAGUGAAGAGUGGUAGGAAGUACUACUGGCGUCAGGAUGGCAUCAGCCAGGGCUCCAUUCUCUCAUCCCUUCUCUGUAGUUUCUUCUAUGCUCACCUGGAGAGAUGCUACUUGUCAGAUAUAGACCAAGAAGGGCUGAUGAUGAGAUUGAUUGAUGAUUUCCUGCUCAUCACCCCUCAUCAUGACAAAGCUCAACGAUUCCUCCAGCUACUUCUUUCAGGUGUGAAGCAGUACGGAUGCAGUGCCAAUCCCAGCAAGACAUUGGCUAACUUUGAUUUCAUGCAUGAUGGUCAGUUAGUACCCAGGUCAAAAGAACUGUUUCCCUGGUGUGGUAUAGUCUUCAAGACGCAGACCCUGAACAUCAGCAAUGAUUACACAAAAUACAACAAUGUCAGUAUCCGCUACACUCUUACCAUCUGUACAGACAGAGAUACAUCUCUACAUCUUAUGAGAAUCAAACUCACCUGGUCUCUGAAAGCCAAGAAUGUCAGCAUAUUCAUGGACCCACUAAUCAACUCAUUUCUGACAAUUGUCAUCAAUGUGUACCAUCUCCUUCUACUGCUAGCGCAUCGUUUCCACUCCUACUACUACUGCCUUGCUAGCUACAUCAAACAGAACACACCCCCUCUACAGUUCUACAAUAUCUGGGCAUCUUGUGUAAGGAUAUUCCAUGCGUGUACCGUCUCCAAGCUGCGCAAAGAUGACCAGGGUGAGAGGGAGACUACCUUCCCUCUCACGGUCAAUACUGUCAACUGGAUUGGACUGAAAGCUUUUAACACCAAGCUGAGCAAGCACAAAGGACUGUACCAUCCCCUCAUCAAACUGGUCAGGAAACACAGACAGAAAGCAGCUCUCAAAAUGGGGAAAGCCAUGUUGGAGGUUCUUGAAGAGAUGACCAAUCCUGCCCUUCCGGACGACUUCAUGAAGAUGAGAAGAUGAUCGCUCCUACCCCUCCCUCUUUCAUAGGACUUAAACUUGAUAUGAGAUGACUGCCCUGUCCUUUCUCUGCCAGUGGGCUUUAUGAAGAUGAUGGCUGUUACCCCACCCACCCUCAUGAGAUUGAGAAGUAUUUCAAGUUCCAUUUGAGCAUACAGCCCUACCCUAGC